AUGAAGAGAAAGAAAGGCGAAGAAAGCGAGAUCGAAGUGAUACGAGAAGAUGUAGAGAAAAAGGCUGUCAAAACGAAGCCAAUGCCGAAGAAGCCACCUGCGUUCCUGAAGAGGCCAGCGGAUGACGAACCAGAUGCAAAGAGGCAAAAGAUGGAAGAAAAGAUGCAACGAAGGGGGUCAACCCAAAAUGGCUCAAGCGUGAAGAUGAGGCGAAAAGUUCCAAGCGCCCGCCAGGAUGCGAUGUACUGUCCCAAGAUGGGAGACCAGGCAACGGCUUUGGGAGCGAAGAUCCCGUCAAUGGAAGAAAGGAAGAAGAAGCAAGCGGGAUUGUUUUGCAAGUACUGUUUCCUGCUGCACCAGGGAAACCCCAAGCCGGAUCUUGCUGGUUGGGGAUCGCGCACCCACCAGAAAUGCUGGUAUGGAAGGCAGGGAUCGCAGGCAGAGGAGAACUUGCGGAGCGGCCGCGAUGACGUUCCGGUGCGCCUGCACCUCGCCCAGUCCGUCGUUCUGGCGCCUCGGCAGCUCAAGGAGGCGGUGCGCUGCCUGUGCUACCGCGCCCUAUGGAAAAGCGAUGGGACGCAUCAAGGUCUUCCCGACCCCCGACUACCAAGUCAAGCAGCCCAGAGACCCGAUCGUUCCCCGCGUGCCUGCACAGGCAUGCUGCUGGGCCCCUCGAAAUCGGGCAAGAAGGUGGCUCUCAUAAGCAUGCUGCUCGACCAGUUCCGCGCGGCCAGCGGUGAGUCCGUGUGGGAACGGCUGUACAUCUUCAGCCCUUCGCCCGUGAUCAAAUUCAUCGAGGAGGACAUGGGCGUGAACAUGGAGCGCGAGAAGGUGCUCUUCGACACGUGGGACGAAGGAGCCAUCAGGGGCAUCAUCGAGCAGCAACGCAAGAUCACGAAGAAAAGCAAGGAACUCGGGUUGAAACGGCUGUACGGCGUGUGCAUCGUGGUGGACGACUUCUCGGAUCAGCCCGAGCUCCACAAGAAAAACGGCGAGGGAACGCUGGACACGUUGCUGUGCCGCAGUCGACACCUGCAGAUCAGCACGAUCCUCAGCUGUCAGAAACUCCGCGUCGUCUCUAACUGCUGCCGCGUGAACCUCCAAUUCCUUUGCGUGUGGCGGCUGCGGAACGCCCUCGAGAUCCAGGCGGUCAUGGAGGAGCUGAGCGCGCUCCUCCCCAAGGAUGAGCUCCUGGCCCUCUACCACGAGGCGACCCGCAAGCCCUACAGCUUUCUCUUCGUGUACUUCCUGAAGCCCAAAAGCGAGAUGUUUCAUAAGCGGUUCGAGGAAAGGUUUGUGAUCGAGGAUGGGCCAGAUCCUGUCCCAGAUGGCAGCCAAGUCUCGGACGAGUCGGCCACCAGCGAUUUCUUGGCGCGGCGCACGGGGAUUUUUAGGCGCCGUUACAGAAAGCCAAAUGACAUCCAUCUGCGUGGACUCACGCCUCCGCGGACUCCGACUUCUCCUUUGACAUUGGUGAGAGCGUGCACACCAAGCUCGCCGUCUACAAGGUGCGCAUCGCCGACGCCUUUCUGA